CGCAAAUCUCGCGGAGGGCGCGAGAAUACCAGUUGAGGGCCUCCUUGAGCCGGGCGCCGGGUCGCUUGGUCUUCUUGGCAACGACGACCAAAUGUCUUGACAACUGCCUCUUACGGCAGCUGCAUAUCGGAUACUCAUUAGGCAAAUGUACGACCAAGACUACAUAAAUCGCUGCACCGUAGCGGGGAUUUACGCACUCGAACGCCCUUCUUGUCUCGCAAGUUGUGUUGUUUCUCACGAUGCGUUCGUUCACGAUCAUUGCGGCGGCUCUGCCGCUGAUCCAGGCCAUCGAGCCCCAGAGGCAGCCUCACCAGCCUCUUGGAAGCCCCAACUCGACCCUGCGUCUCAACUACAACAUCACCACCGAUGCUCCUGGGCGAUUGUCUGCUUCUACCCGUGCCUUUAGCUGGGUCAGCACCGGUGCAGAUGGUGAUUACAUCUACACUGGCGCUGAUGGCUCAUUCUUGUUCGAGAACGUCGCUACUGGCGAUUCCUCAACCUUCCUGUCUGCCGACAAAGUCCCGGCGGACUACUGGGACUUCUUCAUCUCCGGUGACGCCAGCCACGUUAUGUGGGCGGUGAACUACACCAAGGAGUACAGGCAUUCGUACUAUGCGGACUACCUCGUUCAGAAUGUUGAGACUGGGGAGACCAUCUCGCUUGACCCUGAGUCAAAUGGCACCAUUCAGUACGCCGAGUGGAGCCCUGUCUCGUCGUCUCAGAUUGCCUUUGUAAAGGGCAACAACCUCUACAUCUGGAACGACGGCAAUAUCACCCAGAUCACCGAUAAUGGUGGUCCAGAUUGGUUCAAUGCUGUCCCUGACUGGGUCUAUGAGGAGGAGAUCUUUGGCGACCGCUAUGCUCUGUGGUACAGCCCCGAUGGGGAAAAGAUCGCCUUUUUGAGCUUCAACGAGACCGGUGUUGGCACAUUCCGUGUUCCUUACUACAUGGGCGAUGCCGAGGUUGCUCCUGUCUACGCCCGUGAGCUUGAACUCCGCUACCCUAAGGUCGGCACCAAGAACCCCAUCGUCGGCUUCAACCUCCUUGAUGUCGCCUCAGGCAAGGUCGAGACCGUUGCCAUCGACGCAUUCCCUGAGGACGACCUUGUCAUUGGUGAAGUCAACUGGCUCACCGAUGCGCACAGCAAAGUCAUCUACCGCGCUUUCAAUCGUGUGCAGGAUCUUGAAAAAUACGUUGUCAUCGAUACCGACGCUGGUACAUCCUCUGUUAUUCGUGAGCGCGACGGUACCGACGGAUGGCUCGAGAACUUGAUUGCCACCCGUUAUCUUGGUGCUAUUCAGACUGCCAACGCCACUUACGGUAAUGGUACCGAGUACUAUCUCGACCUGUCCGACGAAAGUGGCUGGAAUCACAUCUACCUCUUCCCUGUCAGCGGUGGCGAACCCGUCGCUUUGACUUCUGGCGAGUUCGAGGUUCUUUCCGUCCUCAAGAUUGACGCCAAGCGUGGCCUCAUCUACUACACCUCGACUGAGCACCACAGCACUGAGUCACAUGUCUACUCCGUCAACUUCAUGACUGGCGAAAAGAAGGCGCUUGUUGAUGACAGCGUCUCCGCUUUCUGGACCGCAUCCUUCUCAUCCGGUGGCUCCUACUACGUUCUUCGCUACGCCGGGCCUGACGUUCCGUACCAGGAACUCUACUCUGUGAACUCGACCGAGCCCGUCAGAACCAUCGUCGACAACAAGGCACUGUACGGAAACCUCACCACCUACAAUUUGCCCAACAUCACGUACCUGGAUCUCGAGCAUCCUGAUGGCUUCACUCUCGAUGCCAUGCUGCGUCUGCCUCCCAACUUCGACUCAAGCAAGAAGUACCCCCUGAUUCUGAUCCCUUACGGAGGCCCGAACGCCAAGGAGGUUCAUAAGCAGUUUAGCUCGCUCAACUGGAAGGCAUACAUUGCCUCCGACCCCGAGCUCGAGUACAUUACUCUUACUGUUGACAACCGCGGUACUGGUCGCAAGGGUCGUGCGUUUCGUUCCACCGUCACCAAGAACCUCGGAGACCUCGAAGCGCAGGAUCAAAUCUGGGCCGCCAAAGAGCUUGCGAAGAACUCCUGGGUCGACAGCGAACACAUCGGUAUCUUUGGCUGGUCAUACGGGGGCUACCUCUCCUCCAAGGUUGUCGAGGUCGAUGACGAGAUCAUCUCUUUCGCCCUCAUCACCGCCCCUGUGAGCGACUGGCGUUUCUACGACUCAAUCUACACCGAGCGUUAUAUGAAGCUGCCUGAGGACAAUGUCGAGGGCUACAACAAGUCCCGCGUGCACGACGCCACUGGUUUCAAGAAUAUCGCCGGCGGCGUUGUAAUUCAGCACGGUACUGGCGAUGAUAACGUGCACUUCCAGAACUCAGCUGCGCUUGUUGAUCUGCUGAUGGGUGCGCGCGUCACCCCUGAGAAGAUGCAGAACUCGUUCUUCACGGAUAGUGAUCACAGUAUCGUGUACAACAACAACGGCAAAUUCUUGUACAGGCAAUUGACUAAGAAGAUCUAUGAGGAGAAACACAGGGAGGGUGACUCGAAGGGUAGUCACCAGUGGAGCAAAAAGGAUCUAUUGCAGAAGAAGUAGGUUGCCUAAGUGCAGUCUUCUCUAUAGACAACCCAUGUCAGCAUGGUAUUAAUAUGACGUAAUAAUAUAUGUUGCUACCCUCAUUUCGAUCUUCGUCUUGAGGACUGAAUACAACUAGCCCAAUCUAGUCUCAGUGGAUGAGAAAGCUCAUUUGACCUGUCCUGGCGGGAUCUGUGGCGGUAGUGUAGCAGAUGGAAACAUCGUUGCAUUUGAUGUGCGAGUCCAUAAAAACUUGUU